AUGAUUAGAAAGAACCACAUGAACUUCUCUGAUCUCUUUAUUGUUUUCUUGAUCCUCUGCCUAUCCUUGAGCCAUCAAUGUUGUCUUUCCUAUGGAGCUCCUCCUCCUAACACUAUCUCUGCAAAUCAAACGCUUUCAGGAGACCAAACCAUUGUGUCAGCAGGUGGGAUCUUCGCACUUGGCUUCUUCAAACCAAGCGAGGAAUCCAACAAAAACUACAUAGGAAUAUGGUACAACAGUCUCCCUGGCAAUCAAACUGUGGUUUGGGUAGCAAAUAGAGAUAAACCCAUCUACGAUAGGUAUUCCUCCCAACUCUUAUUCUUAGACGGUAAUUUGGUGCUGCUUCUCAACGAAUCUCAUCAAACGCCUAUUUGGUCCACCAACGUCUCAUCUUCAUCAUCGUCUCCAGUUCGGGCGAUCCUUGGUGAUGAUGGUAAUUUCGUGCUAAAGGACAUGUCAAAUUCGACAGUUUGGCAGAGCUUUCAUUACCCUGUCCACACAUGUUUGCCUGGCGCAAAGCUUUCCUUUAACAAACGCACUAAAACUCACAGGACCCUCACUUCAUGGAAAAACUCGGAAGACCCUUCCGUUGGGUUAUUUUCAUUUCAACUGGAUCAAUAUAAUAAUCAAUACCUUAUGCAGCGGAAUGGAUCCGAGCAGUACUGGACUAGCGGCCCCUGGAAUGGGAAGAUCUUCAGCUUGUUGCCCGAGAUGAAGCGCGGCUUCCUCUUCAACUUCAGCUAUGUUAACAAUGAGAACGAGAGUUACUUUAUAUUUAGGAUGUACAAUCCUAAAACUCUUUCUCGAGCAUAUAUAGAUGUAACCGGGCAACUCAGGGUCGUCAGUUGGGUGGAUGGUGUUGGAUGGAAUUUAUUCUGGAACCAGCCAAUUACACGGUGUGAGGUUUAUGAUUUAUGUGGAAGAAAUGGAGCCUGCAAUCAGAUAACUCAGCAAUUUUGCAGUUGCUUGGAGGGGUUCCAUCCCAAGUCACAGCAUGAUUGGGAUCUCAAUGAUUUUUCAGGUGGCUGUGUUAGAAAUAUCGAUUUGCAAUGCGAAAAUAUUGAUAAUAAACGUCCAGACGGGUUCAAGCUGUUCACCAACAUGAGAUUGCCCAGAAAUCCAAAGUCUCUGCCCAACCAAAGGGAUGUUAAGACAUGUGCAUCUUCCUGCCUCAAUGACUGCUCCUGCUCUGCUUAUUCUUACGACAACAAAGUAUGUUCGGUUUGGAAUGCAGAGUUGUUCAAUCUACAACAGCUCGAUCAAAACGACAGUAAUGGCAAGAGUAUUUAUAUCAGACUUGCUGUCGAAGAAUUUGAAGAGUUUGCUAGUAGCAAGAGAAGCGCCAAAAUGACUAUCGGUGUCGUUAUAGCUUCGGUUGGUUUUGUAAUUGUCUUGGGCAUCGUUAUCCUCCUUAUAUUGAGGAGGAAAAAGACGUCAAAUGUGGAAGGUUUUUUGGUUGCUUUCAUGUACCGGGACUUGCGACGGGCCACCAAAAACUUCUCGGAGAAACUAGGAGGUGGGGGGUUUGGUUCUGUUUUCAAAGGGAGGUUGCCUGAUUCAACGUUGAUCGCGGUUAAGAGGCUCGAUAGUAUCAGCCAAGGAGAGAAGCAAUUCCGGACGGAAGUGAGCACGAUUGGGAACGUUCAACAUGUUAACCUUGUCCGUCUUCACGGGUUCUGCUCCCAAGGAAUCAAGAAGUUGCUCGUUUACGAGUACAUGCAAAACGGCUCCCUGGAUUCCAUUCUUUUCCGUCAAAACGAUUCAAAAUCUAUUUUGGACUGGAAAACCAGGUACCAAAUUGCCAUUGGAAUAGCUCGGGGCUUGGCUUACCUACACGAGAAGUGUCGCGACUGCAUCGUCCACUGCGAUAUAAAACCCGAAAACAUCCUUCUAGAUGCCGGGUUCUGUCCCAAGGUGGCAGAUUUCGGCCUGGCGAAGCUCAUGGGUCGAGAUUUCAGCCGGGUGCUGACGAGUAUGAGAGGUACAAUAGGGUAUCUUGCUCCGGAGUGGAUAUCGGGAGUAGCUAUAACGGCAAAAGCGGAUGUUUAUAGCUACGGGAUGCUGCUAUUCGAGUUGAUAUCAGGACGAAGGAACUCUGGAGAUGGGAGAAUGAAGUACUUCCCCAUUUGGGCUGCCAAUUUGGCCGUGGAAGGGGGAGAUAUUAUGAGUCUAUUGGAUGCUAGACUGGAUAGGGAAAGUGCCGAACCUGAGGAGGUGAUGAGAGUUUGUAGGGUGGCUUGCUGGUGCAUACAAGACUGGGAAGAGCAUAGGCCUACAAUGGGUCAAGUGGUUCAGGUCCUUGAAGGGGUUAUAGACGUGGAACAACCUCCGGUUCCACGGGUUCUCCAAAACAUGGUGGAAGACGAUGAAAGCUUAGUUUUCAUCGAAGAAAUAUCUUCUUCGUCACAGACUCAAAGCAUUUCUUCAUCCGCGAGCUCUUCCAAUUCAAACUCAAACUCAAACUCGAGCUCGAGCUCGAGCUCAAACUCGAACUCGAGCUUGAACUCGAACCAGAACCAAAUUUAUUUGCAAAAUUAA